CGAAAGGCUAAGGCCACACUGGCAAGAUGGCGGACGAAGAGUCGAAACUUUGGCGGUUUGCAGUACAGUCACGUCUUGUUCUGUUUUUCAUGCAAUUCAUUUUCAAUAGCUGUGUUCCAGACCACCAGCCUGAUGUCUUCAAUCCACCCAUCACAGACAAAGAUUCCUGGAAUAUGGCAGACAGCACUGUUAACUUAGUUCUUGGGGGAUUUAUCCGUUGGGACGGCAUCUAUUUCUUACACAUAUCAGAACAUGGCUACACAUAUGAGAACUGCUUGGCGUUCUUUCCCCUGUACCCAAUGCUUGUCAGGUUGUUGGGCAAUAGUGUACUGUUACCUCUUCAAGUUUUGAUGACGUACAGAUCGGUGUUGGUGAUAUCUGCAUUUGUUAUAAAUCAGAUCUUAUUUAUAAAAACAGCUAUGAUUCUGUAUAAAUUUGGACGAAAUAUUUUAAACAGUGACUUGCUAGCAUAUAAGGCUGCAUUGUUGUUCUGCAUAAAUCCUGCAAGUAUCUUCAUGUCUGCACCUUAUUCAGAAAUUCUUUUUUCAUAUCUUAUAUUUUCUGGCAUGGACAUGUUUGAAAGAAAUUUUAAAGUUUCUGCUUCAGUUUUAUUUGGACUGAGCGCACUAGCACGUUCAAAUGGCCUUCUAUAUUUUGGGCUUAUUAUACAUAAAAAGUGUAAAGAUACUGUCCGACUGCUGAAAGUUCUUUACCCAAUGACAAGGACAGAUGUCCGGUCAAUACCCACGGCAUUGUGGACGGUCAUUUGGAUCAUAUUGAUACCACUUUUAAUCUACACAGUGCUUUGCAUAUCGCCAUUCUUUGGAUACCAGUACCUAGCAUAUCAAUGGUUUUGUAAAGAUACGACUUCAAACAUGCAUAAAUUAAUAUUUGAUUAUGGAAUAAGUCAGGGAUAUCGUAUAACAGCUUAUAAUUCUACAGUUUGGUGCCGUGACAGUGUUCCACUUAUCUAUUCAUACAUUCAGAAAAACCACUGGAAUGUUGGCUUCAUGAACUAUUACCAGUUUAAACAGAUUCCUAAUUUUCUACUGGCUACACCAGUUACAUUGCUGUGUAUUUCUGUAAUAAGCUGCUACCUUCGCUUGAAUUGGAAGACUGUGUGUACACUUGAUCUUAUGGACGAUUAUGAAGAAUUGAAAAAGACAGACAAAGCCAUACAAAGCGAGAGAGAUUUCAGAAACAGGAAAUUGUUACCAUAUAUUGUACACCUUUUCUUCCUGACGAUAUUUGGAUGGCUAUUUGCUCACAUACAGAUUCUAACUAGAAUGCUGUUUUCCUCGUCUCCGGUUUUAUACUGGUAUGCCGCCCGGAUCAUCACCAAGGAAACAACAGACAGCUCAAAGCCAAACUUCAAUAAAUGGGACGUACUCAGAAACUCUCGGCGGGAAGGCAUCCAAGUCUUAGAUGAUUCACAGAGGAAUGUGCUUAUAGAUCAAAUUUUAAGCUGUGGACAAAGUUAUAAAUCCAAGCUAGUUUUUGUCUACUUCCUGGGCUAUUUUGUUGUAGGAACUUUUCUCUUUAGUAAUUUUCUACCAUGGACUUGACUGGAAAUUUAUAAUUUAUUAUAUAUGGGAAUACAUUUUUUAAAAAUUUAACAUUAGUCAUUAUAUAAUACAAUAAAUUUUCAUAAGACAAAUAGUCUCGAUACAAUUUUCUACUCAUUACGAAAUAAAUCAAAGUACCAAAAUUUUAGUGAACCUUAAGCUUAUAAUUUUCAUUUUAAAAUCCUGUAACGAAUUUUAGAUAGGGAACGAUUUCGUCUGGUCUAGUGGAAUUCAUUAAAUAAACAAGAUUAUGAGAAUCAUUAUUGCAAGGCUGCUAUAUGACAUCAUAUUUAUUAUUAAAAUGUCAAACUUAUUGAACAUAUAAACACAGUACUAGUGUUGUCCCAUCAGUAAUUAUGUGUUUUCUGUCAAUCGUCAUUUUAUAAAGACACAUUUCUUAUUCUAUAUUUAAGGAGAUAUAAAAACAAGUUUCGAGAGGAUAUUUCAUAUGAAGUAUUACUGUGAUACAAGUAUUUUGAUACUCGAUAUUUAUCAAUAAUCAUGUUUAUCUGAGCAUAAUAUGAUUGCUACGGAGUACUGCUUGACCAGAACAGAAUUUUACUGACCACAACAAUGAUCACUUAGCUACAACCAGACCUUCAUUGACCACUGUCCAGAUCAGCUAUAUGAUUUAAAAUGAUAACAUUAUGACCAUUGCUAUAUUACUAACACAGUUUACUGCAAAUGAUUUGGUGUUUAGCUGCUGGAGUCUAUCUCAAGGGAGAAAUGCUUCGUGAUGUGUUAUGGAUGAUUCAAACUCAGGAAGGAUUCUGAUUGAGAACAAUUUCAUUACUAUGAUGUCAUUUUGGUGUUAUGUUGAUAGUCCUGACAAAGCUUUGUACUGUGUCAAGAUUGAUUGUGAAUCAGUCACAGAAAUGAAUUUUAUUUAAAGAUUUGUACCAUUCUUUCAAAUGAACAUGUAGAGAAAUGGGUGAAAAUAAAGCACAUAUUUAUUCAGAAA